CGGCAGGGCCGCCUCUGAGGGGCGCCGGGCGCCGGAGCCAUGACCCUCCGCCGACUCAGGAAGCUGCAGCAAAAAGAGGAGGCGGCGGCCGCCCCGGACCCCACCGCCCGGGCUCCCGAUUCGGAAGUCGUUCCCUCCGCUCCGGCCCCGACCCCGGCCUCGGGCUCCCCUGCUGCAGCCGCCACCCCUGGACCCCCAGGGGACGAGCUGUACGCGGCGCUGGAAGACUAUCACCCUGCCGAGCUGUAUCGCGCGCUUGCCGUGUCCGGGGGCACCCUGCCCCGCCGAAAGGGCUCAGGAUUCCGCUGUAAGAAUCUCAGCCAGAGUCCUGAACAGCAGCGGAAAGUGCUGACUUUGGAGAAGGAGGAUAACCAGACCUUUGGCUUUGAGAUCCAGACUUAUGGCCUUCACCACCGGGAGGAGCAGCGUGUGGAGAUGGUGACCUUUGUAUGCCGAGUUCACGAAUCCAGCCCUGCCCAACUGGCCGGACUCACACCAGGGGAUACCAUCGCCAGUGUCAACGGCUUGAAUGUGGAAGGCAUCCGGCAUCGAGAGAUUGUUGACAUCAUUAAGGCAUCUGGCAACAUUCUCAGACUGGAAACUCUGUAUGGGACAUCAAUUCGGAAGGCAGAACUGGAGGCUCGUCUGCAGUACCUGAAGCAAACCCUUUAUGAGAAGUGGGGCGAGUACAGGUCCCUGAUGGUGCAGGAGCAGAGGCUGGUGCAUGGCCUCGUGGUGAAAGACCCGAGCAUCUAUGACACGCUGGAGUCGGUGCGCUCCUGCCUCUACGGUGCCGGCCUGCUCCCGGGCUCGCUGCCCUUCGGGCCUCUGCUGGCCGCGCCCGGGGGUCCCCGCGGGGGCGUCCGCGCCGACGACGCCGUCUACCACACGUGCUUCUUCCGGGGCGCCGAGCCGCCCGCCCUGCCGCCCCCGCCGCCCCCCGCCCGCGGCCCCGGCCCGGGCCCCGCCGAGGCCCCGGCGUCCGGGCCGCGGGCCGGGCUGAGCCGCAGCGCCAGCGUGCGGUGCGCGGGCCCCGGCGGCGGCGGCGGCGGCGGGGGCGCGGCGGGGUCGCUGUGGACUGAGGCCCGCGAGCAGGCCCUGUGCGGCCCGGGCCUGCGCAAAACCAAGUACCGCAGCUUCCGCCGGCGGCUGCUCAAGUUCAUCCCCGGACUCAACCGCUCCCUGGAGGAGGAGGAGAGCCAGCUGUAGGGGCGGGGCGGGCGGGGACGUAUUUAUUUAUUUAUUCCUAACAGCCAGUGCAAAAAGGGGGGCGAUGCCGGGCCGAGGGGACCCCAGGAGCCCAGAGCAGCGGGAGAGGGGCUUUGCUAGCUAGCCCCGGGAGCCCAGACCCUUCUCUCCUCUCCUACACCACGGUGGGGGCAGGGGGAGAACCAGGCAAUCGGUGUUGGGAAAGGUUUGGGGGCUAAAGAUGGGGCGUGCUAUCCUACAGUCUGGGUCAGUAGUGCCUUGUGGGGUGUCCAGGAAAACUCCCCCACUGGGGGGUGAGAGACCCUGUCCCACGAAGCCCUCUCCUCAGCUUUACUUCCUCCCCCACCCUCAGCCUUGGGGAGAAAUGGCCCAUGGUCGUUCCCCCACCUACACACACACACACACACACACACACACACACACACACACACACACACAC